AUGACAGACUCCCAAGCGGCUGCCGGCCCUGAGCCGCCGCUGUCCCAUUGCCAGGAGCGAACCCCUGGGGAUGCCCAGCCCAGGCCACUCGAGGCACCCUCAGGGGCCGUUCCUGGCCCCGGGCCGAGCGCUGACAGCCGCGUCUCGCCGGCAGGGAAGGCGCAGCAGCCCCUCCAGGAGCAGAACCGCCUGGGGUCACUGCUGGGCCGCGGCGGCUUCGGCAGCGUCUGGGCGGCCACACGGAUCUCAGACCGUGCCCCGGUGGCCAUCAAAAGGGUGCCACGGAACCGCAUCCAGCACUGGGGCAAACUGCCCAACGGCACCAGCGCACCCCUGGAGAUCGUGCUGCUGCACAAGGUCUCCACUGGCUUCCCUGGUGUCGUCCAGCUGCUGGAGUGGAUGGAGCUCCCCAAUGACAUCAUCAUCAUCAUGGAGCGCCCGGAGCGGUGUCAGGACCUCCAGCACUUCAUUCGGGCAGCCGGGCUCUGCGGGUGCUGA